CCUGACCUCAGACGAUCCACCUACCUUGGCCUCCCAAAGUUUUGGGAUUAGAGGCGUGAGCUACCAUGCCCGGCCACCUUGAGCAUUUUAAGUAUGCUUCAUAAUGUAUGUCCUGGGUUCCCUCAACCCAUGGGAUUUUGAUUUGGUAAGUUUCUGAUGGGGUCCUAGCAUGUUAAUUUUAAAAAAUGCCAACACAUGCUUCUGGUUUAUUGUAACUCACUGCCAUUAUGGCACUAGAGAUGACGGAAGUGGCAGGUGAUAAUGCCACAAGAGUUAAGGACUAUAGGGUUAAAGACUAAAAUUAUUUAAGUAUUUACAUUUUGUGUGUAUGUGAUAUUAGAUUAAUGGUUUACUUUUGUCCUUUAUUUAAUGAAUGUUUUAAUUAUAUUUUCAAUCCCCCUAAAGUUUAUUUUAGGAUUUUUCAAAGCUUACAUUUAAGCUCUAGGCUCUCUCAGCUUGAAAUUUGCCUUGUGUGUAAGUACAAUUUAAAAUAAAAGUUUGUUCUGUUUUAUUGCUGUAGGUUAAUAAGUGAAGUAAAUUAGUGGAAAAAAGACCAAAUUUUAAGUAAGUAAUGUCUUACAUGUUUUUUGUGUCAGAGGCUGAUUUAAUUGAUUAAUUUUCCCCAUAAAUGUGAGAAGUCAGAAAAUCAAUUUCUCAUAAUAAGAAGUAAUAGCUUGAGUAUUCAAAGACAGUAGACAUCUGACUUCAGUUAUUUAUUCAAGAUGCAGAAAAGACAAGGAUAUUGCAGUUAUUGCCGUGUGCAGUAUCAUAACCUGGAACAGCAUUUGUUCAGUGCUCAGCACAGGAGUUUGACCAGACAGAGUAGACGUCAAAUAUGUACCAGCAGUUUGAUGGAGCGUUUCUUACAGGAUGUACUGCAGCACCACCCAUAUCACUGUCAAGAGAGCAGUUCAACACAAGAUGAGACACAUGUGAAUACUGGGUCAUCAUCUGAAGUGGUGCAUUUGGAUGAUGAUUUUUCUGAAGAAGAGGAAGAGGAUGAGGAUAAGAUUGAGGAUGAGGAUGCUACUGAAGAGAGACCCUCCGAGGCUUCAGAACCUAUUGAAGAGUUACAUUCCAGACCUCAUAAAUCUCAGGAAGGCACACAGGAGGUUUCAGUUCGACCAUCAGUUAUUCAAAAACUGGAGAAGGGACAGCAGCAGCCCUUGGAGUUUGUUCAUAAAAUUGGGGCCGGUGUGAAAAAAUGUAAUCUAGUAGAUAUUGGUCAGGCUACAAAUAAUGGAAGCAACUUGGUACGCCCGCCAGUGAUUUAUAAUGCUCCUGCUAGUUGUUUAUCUGAAAGCUCUAAUGAUAGACCAGUUACAACUAAUACAACUGGUUUACCGGCAGCAGCUCAUUUGGAUUCAGUUAGCAAGUGUGACCCAAACAAAGUUGACAAAUACCUUGAACAGCCAGACGGGGCCUCUAGAAAUCCUGUGCCAUCAUCCCAUGUAGAAACUUCUUCAUUUUCACAUCAGAAACCUAAAGAAUCAAAUAGGAAAUAUUUACGCAUGAAUUCAGAUAAGUUGGUUUUGUGGAGAGAUGUAAAAUCUCAGGGUAAAACUUUGUCAGCUGGCUUGAAAUUCCAGGAACGCAUGGGUACUAAGGGCUCCUUAAGAGUUAAAUCUCCUUCCAAAUUAGCAGUAAACCCGAAUAAAACUGACAUGCCUUUGAAUAAAGGAAUCUUUGAAGAUACUAUUCCAAAGCACCAUGAGGAAUUCUUUUCUAAUAUGGAUUGUACCCAAGAAGAAAAGCACUUGGUUUUUAACAAGAAAGCCUUUUGGGAACAGAAGUGCUCAGUGAGUUCUGAAAUGAAGUUUGAUUGUAGCUCUCUUCAGUCAGCAUCUGAUCAGCCCCAAGAGACUGCACAAGACAUAAAUCUUUGGAAGGAGGAGCGAAUUGACCAAGAAGAUAACUAUGAAUCUAGAGGUUCAGAAAUGAGUUUUGAUUGCAGUUCCUCUUUUCAUUCACUGACUGACCAAUCUAAAGUGAGUGCCAAAGAAGUAAACCUUUCCAAGGAAGUAUGUACUGAUGUACAGUAUAAGAAUAAUACAUCUUAUGUUUCUAAAAGAAGUUCUGAUUGCGGUGACAUUCUUCACUUGGUUACGAACCAAUCCCAAAUGACUGUUAAAGAAAUAAGUCUUCAGAAUGCAAGGCGUAUUAGCCUGGUUGACCAAAGCUAUGAAUCUAGUGAUUCUGAAACAAAUUUUGAUUGUGAUGCGUCACCUCAGUCCACUAGUGACUACCCUCACCAAUCUGUAAAAGAAGUAAGCCUUUCUAAGGAAGUGCACAUUGGUUUGGUUGAUAAGAACUAUGGUUCCAGUAGUUCUGAAGUAAGUGCUGAUUCUGUUUUCCCACUGCAGUCAGUGGUUGACCGACCCCCGGUGGUUGUCAGAGAAACAAAACUUCGGAAGAAGGCUCAUUCUGGCUUGGUUGAUAACUAUGGAUCGAGUUGUUCUGAAACAAGUUUUGAUUGUGAUGUUUCUUUUGAGUCAGUAGUUGAUCAUCCCCAGCUGACUGUCAAAGGAAGAAACCUGAAAGGUAGACAAGUCCACCUAAAACAUAAGAAGCGUAAACCCAGUAGUGCUAAAGCACGUUUUGAUUGUGAUGUCUCACUCGGGACAGUUGCAGAUGAAUCCCAGAGGGCCGUUGAAAAGAUAAAUCUUCUAAAGGAGAAGAAUGCUGACCUUAUGGAUGUGAACUAUGAAUCCCAUGGUCUUGUAAUGGGUUUUCACACCGGUGCUCAGUUAGUGGCUGACCAGCCUCAAGUAGCAGAAAUAGAGCCUCAGAAAGUGGAUGUUGACCUUGAGAAUAAGAGUGUUCAGUCUAGCAGUUCUUCUCUAAGUUCUGAUUCUCCGGCUUCGCUUUAUCAUUCAGCUCACGAUGAGCCUCAAGAAGCUUUGGAUGAAGUUAAUCUUAAAGAGUUAAAUAUUGACAUGGAAGUUAAGAGCUAUGAUUGCUCCAGCUCUGAGUUGACUUUUGAUUCUGACCCGCCUCUUCUGUCAGUUUCUGAGCAGUCUCAUCUGGAUGCUGAAGGAAAAGAACGGCACAUUGACCUGGAAGAUGAGAGCUGUGAGUCAGAUAGUUCUGAAAUAACUUUUGAUUCUGAUAUUCCUCUUUAUUCAGUAAUUGACCAACCUGAAGUAGCUGUUUAUGAGGAAGAAACUGUUGAUCUGGAAAGUAAAAGUAAUGAAUCUUGUGUUUCUGAAAUAACUUUUGAUUCUGAUAUUCCUCUUCAUUCAGGAAAUGAUCACCCUGAAGUAGCUGUUAAAGAAGUAAUUCAGAAAGAAGAGUACAUUCACUUAGAAAGGAAGAAUGAUGAACCCAGUGGUUCUGAAAUAAGUUUGGAUUCCUAUGCCCCUCGUCAUUCAGUGACUAAUUCUCCCGAAGUAGCUGUUAAAAAGCUAAAUCCUCAAAAAGAAGACCAGGUACACUUAGAAAAUAAGGAAAAUGAACCUAUUGAUUCUGAAGUAAGUUUGGAUUAUAAUAUCAUUUUUCAUUCAGUGACUGGACAUUCUGAAGAUCCCAUUAAAAAAAUAAACCUUCACACAAAAGAGCACAUGUACUUAGAAAAUAAGAGUGGUUUUGAAACAAGUUUGGAUUCUGAUGUCCCUCUUCGGCCAGCGACUCACAAACCUGAAGUAAUUGUCAAAGAAACAUGGCUUCAAAGAGAAAAGCAUGCUGAAUUCCAAGGUGGAAGUGCUGAAUUCAGUGGCUCAAAAACAAGUUUAGAUUCUAGUGUCCCUCAUUAUUCAGUAACUGAAUCUCAAGUAGCUGUUAACAAAAUAAACAGAAAGAAGCAAUAUGUUCUAGAAAACUAUGAUAAAUGUAGUGGUUCUGAAAUAAUUUUGGAUUCUAAUGUUCCACCUCAGUCAAUGACUGACCAAACUCAGCUAGCUUUUUUGAAGGAAAAACAUGUUAAUCUGAGAGACAAAAACAGUAAAUCAGGUGAUUCUGAAAUAACUUUUGAUUCUGAACAACUUCAGGAAGCGGUUAAAAAAAUAGACCAAUGGAAGGAAGAGGUUAUUGGCCUGAAAAAUAAGAUUAAUGAACCUAGUACUUCUAAAUUAAUACAUGAUUCUGAUGUUUCUGUCCAGUCUGUGGCUGAUCAACCCAAAGUAGCUAUUAAACAUGUAAACCUUGAGAAUGAAAACCAUAUGUACUUGGAAGUUAAGAACAGCCAAUAUCGUUGUUCUGAAAUGAAUUUGGAUUCUCGUUUCUUGGUUCAGUCAAUAGUCAAUCGACCUCAAAUAACUAUUUUGGAGCGGGACCACAUUGAGCUAGAAGGUAAGCACAAUCAACGUUGUGGUUCUGAAAUAAGUUUUGAUUCUGAUGACCCUCUUCAGUCAGUGGCUGACCAGCUGAGAGAAACCGUUAAAGAAAUAAGCCUUUGGAAGGAUGAAGAAGUUGACAUGGAAGAUAGGAAUGAAGCUAAGGGUUUUGAAAUUAUGUAUGAUUCUGCUGUUCUUCAGCCAGUGGCUGGCCAACCUGAAGGAGUAGUUAAGGAGGUCAGUCUUUGGAAAGAGCAUGUUGACUUGGAAAAUAAGAUUGUCAAACCUACCAAUACUAAAAUAAAUUUUGAUUCUCAUGAACCCCUUCUGUCUGUGACUAAUAAAAUUCAAGGGGUGAAUAAAGAAAUAAAUCUUUUGAGGGAGGAUCGUGUUUGUCUGGAUGAUAAGGGCUAUGUGCCCAGUGAUUCUGGAAUAAUUUAUGUUUCAAAUAUCCCUCCUCAGUCAGUGAUAAAACAACCCCAAAUUUUGCAAGAGGAGCAUGCCAGUCUGGAAGAUAAGAGCAGUAUUUCUUACAGUCCUGAAGAAAGUUCUGAUUCCAGUGACUCUUUCCAGGCAGCAGCAGAUGAGCUUCAAAAAUCUGCCAAAGAAAUAAAUCUUUGGAAGGAAGACCAUAUUUAUCUGGAAGAUAAGAGCUAUAAAUUAGGUGAUUUUGAUGUAAGUUAUGCUUCUCAUAUUCCUGUUCAGUUUGUGACCGAUCAAUCUUCUGUGCCUGUCAAAGAAAUAAACGUGCAAAAGAAGAAUCAUAAUCUAGAAAGUAAGAACUGUGAAGUCUGUGGUUCUAAAAUAAAAUGUGAUUCUUGUGUUCGUCUUCAGUCAGAAGUUGACCAACCUCAAGUGUCUUACAAAGAGGCAGACCUUCAGAAGGAAGAGCAUGUUGUCAUGGAAGAAAAGACCGGUGGACCUAGUGAUUCAGAAAUGAUGUAUGAUUCUGAUGUUCCUUUUCAAAUAGUGGUUAACCAGUUUCCAGGGUCAGUCAAAGAAACACAUCUUCCAAAGGUGAUACUUGUGGAUCUGGUGCCCAGUGAUAGUGAUUAUGAAGUAAUUUCAGAUGAUAUUCCCCUUCAGUUAGUGACUGACCCACCUCAGUUGACUGUCAAAGAUAUCAACUGUAUAAAUACAGAAUGUAUUGAUAUAGAAGAUAAGAGCUGUGACUCUUUUGGUUCUGAAGUCAGAUGUAGUUGUAAAGCCUCUACUCCCUCAAUGUCAAACCAAUGCAAAGAGACUUUCAAAAUAAUAAACCGGAAGAAAGACUAUAUUAUUCUGGGAGAGCCAAGUUGUCAGUCUUGUGGUUCUGAAAUGAAUUUUAAUGUUGAUGUCUCUGAUCAGUCCAUGACUUACGAGUCACAAGGACCUGAUGAGAAAAUGGCGAAAUAUAUUGACUCAGAAGAUAAGAGCUGUGGAUAUAAUGGUUCUAAAGGAAAAUUUAAUUUGGGAGACACUUCUCAUCGAACGACUCACCGACUGCAGAAAGCUCGCAAAGAAGCCAAGCUUCGGAAAGAUCCAAGAAAUGCUGGCCUAAAAGGUAAGAGCAGUCAGUCUAGUGCUUCUGCAGUGGAUUUUGGUGCCUCUUCCAAGUCAGCGCUCCAUCGAAGGGCCGAUAAAAAAAAACGUUCAAAGCUAAAACAUAGAGAUUUAGAAGAUGUGAGCUGUGAACUGGAUGGUUUUGAGAUGAAUUUUCAGUGUGCUCCCCCUCUUCUGUCUGAUACUGAUCAGCCUCAAGAAACUGUUAAGAAAAGACACCCUUGUAAGAAGGUGUCUUUUGACUUGAAAGAAAAGAACCGUGAUUCCCAGUCAAGCUGUGUUCCCAAGGUUGAUUCUGUAAGGAACCUGAAAAAAGCAAAGGAUGUCAUAGAAGAUAAUACUGAUGAACCAGUUCUUGAAGCCUUACCUCAUGUACCUCCUUCAUUUGUGGGGAAAACAUGGUCUCAGAUAAUGAGAGAAGAUGACAUGAAAAUUAAUGCUCUUGUGAAGGAAUUUAGGGAAGGUCGUUUCCACUGUUACUUUGAUGAUGACUGUGAGACCAAAAAAGUUUCUUUGAAGGGGAAAAAAAAGGUUACCUGGGCUGACUUGCAGGGUAAGGAGGACACUGCACCAACUCAAGCUCUGUCAGAAAGUGAUGAUAUUGUCUGUGGUAUUUCAGAUAUUGAUGACUUGUCAGUGGCCUUAGAUAAACCAUGCCAUCGUCAUCCUUCAGCAGAGAGGCCUCCUAAGCAAAAGUGGCGUGUGGCUUCUCAACGCCAGACAGCGAAAAUCAGCCAUAGUACUCAGACCAGUUGUAAGAAUUACCCAGUGAUGAAAAGAAAAAUAAUUAGACAAGAGGAAGACCCACCAAAAAGUAAGUGUUCACGUUUACAGGAUGACAGAAAAACCAAAAAGAAAGUCAAAAUUGGGACAGUUGAAUUUCCUGCAUCAUGUACUAAAGUUUUGAAGCCCAUGCAACCCAAAGCCUUAGUCUGUAUUCUUUCUUCUUUAAAUAUUAAACUGAAGGAGGGUGAAGGCCUCCACUUCCCUAAAAUGAGGCACCAUAGUUGGGAUAAUGAUAUUCAGUUUAUAUGCAAAUAUAAACGGAAUAUCUUUGAUUAUUAUGAGCCCCUGAUUAAGCAAAUUGUAAUUAAUCCUCCCCUGAAUGUACUAGUACCAGAGUUUGAGAGGCGUAACUGGGUUAAAAUUCAUUUUAAUAGGAGCAACCAAAACUCCAGUGCAGGAGAUAAUGAUGCUGAUGGACAAGGCUCUGCUUCAGCACCUUUAAUGGCAGUGCCGGCAAGAUACGGAUUUAAUUCACGUCAGGGAACCAGUGACCCUUCUCUGUUUCUGGAAGAAUCAAAGAUUCUGCAUGCUCAUGAGGUUCCAAAGAAAAGAAAUUUCCAGCUAACAUUUUUAAAUCGUGAUAUUGUCAAAAUCUCUCCAAAAUCAGUUAGAAAUAAGUUUUUGGAAAGUAAAAGUAAAAAGAAAAUUCAUGGAAAGAAGGUGACAACCAGUAGUAAUAAGUUAGGUUGUCCCAAAAAGGUUUAUAAACCAAUUAUUCUCCAGCAAAAACCCAGAAAAGCUUCAGAGAAACAGUCAAUUUGGAUUCGGACCAAACCAAGUGAUAUAAUUAGAAAGUAUAUUUCAAAAUACUCUGUUUUUUUACGUCAUAGAUAUCAGUCCAGGAGGGCUUUUCUUGGAAUGUAUCUGAAAAAGAAAAAAUCUGUUGUCAGUAGGCUAAAGAAGGUGAAGAGAACAGCUAAAGUGCUUUUGAAUUCCUCAGUUCCACCAGCUGGUGCUGAAGAGCUGUCGAGCGCUACGGCAAAUCCUCCUGCAAAGCGACCUGUGCCUGUGCGGGCUUCUUGCCACAUCACACGAAGGAAGAAGAGGAGUGAUGGAAGCUACCAUGGCCGAAAGAGAAGUCCUGCUGGACCUGUGAGAGCAUAUGAUCUGAGAAGCUCAUCUUGUUUACAACAAUGUGAAAGAAGGAUGACUCGGCUAGCAAACAAAUUGAGAGGUAAUGAGAUAAAAUAGAAGUUGUUUUUGUGUUCAGGCUAGUUGACAAUUCAGUAUUUCAACUGAAAUAUAUUUGGUACUUUGCACACACAGCUUUCCCAACUUUGGUGAGAAAACUAAUCUUGAACUAUUUUGCUAUCAAUAUUAUUUUUCACAAUUUUUAUAUUCAUUUAAAAUUAGUGUUUAGAGUCCUUCAUUUAAAAUCUUUCAUUUUAAGAUUCAAAGCAACCUUUGUCCAACAUUUUCUGUAGAAGAACUUCAUCUUAAUUUAUGUCACAAAGUAAUUUAGCACAGUAUAUAGAAUUUUGUUCCUCAAAUCAUAUCCCUCUUAUUUUUUAUGAUUAUCUCUCUCAUCCCUGCAAAUUUAACAUUGUGAGAAUGAAUGUAGCAAACUUAUUACAAAGAAGGAACUAUAAUGAAUUAUGUCAGCUUUUGAAUGGGGUUGACUUAAAUGAAUACAAACAAAAUGUAGUUUGUCUUUCUUUUUAAAACAUUCCAGAAAAUGAGAUUCCAUAAUCUUUAAUACAGUUUUUUAAAACUGGUGAUUUUUUUUUAAUGCCUAACACACUCCUCCUGCUUCGUUUAAAUUGGAUCUGCAAGUCUCUAACUUUUAUCAUUUGGAUGCAUGCACACAUACAGUCUCUAUAAGUUUUUUCGGUUAGCCUUAUUGGAUCUUAAAAGGGAAAAUAAUUUUGCCCAUGUGUUUAAGCAUCCCCCCCCCUUUUUUUAACCACCUUUACUCCCUUCUACAUGAAGAGUUGGUGGUUUAAUAUGAAAAUCCAGGUUACUUUGUGGCCUUAUCUCCUAAAAAUAUUUUAGGCAUUACCAUAUUAGUUUUUGUUUUUAUUUUUAUUUUUAUUUAUUGUUAUUAUUUUUGAGACGGAGUCUCACUCCGUUGCCCAGGCUGGAGUGCAGUGGCCUGAUCUUGGCUCACCGCAACCUCUGCCUCCUGGGUUCAAGUGAUUCUCCUGCCUAAGCCUCCCAAGUAGCUGGGACUACAGGCGUGCGCCACCAUGCCUGGCUAAUUUUUGUAUUUUUAGUAGAGGUGGGGGUUUUACUGUGUUGGCCAGGCUGGUCUCUAACUCCUGACCUUGUGAUCCACCUGCCUUAGCCUCCCAAAGUGCUGGGAUUACAGGCGUGAGCCACCGCACCCAGCUUACCAUAUCAGUUUUUAAUAACUUGUACUGAAAUUAUUGGCUUGGUAACAUUUGGGCAGGCCAUUAAUUCUCAUUAGAAAAUUACUUAAUAUUUCAAAGAAUUGAAUAAAACUGGUAAUCUUUGUGGAGGCCCAUUUUGCGAGUGGAAACCUGUAUUUAUACAUUAGUUUGUCUUUCACUUGUUAACAGAUUUUAACAGUUCAAAUAAAAGAUGUUAACGAGAUGCAGUUUGAGUCUGGGAUACUCAGAAUACAUCCAGAACUUGCAUUCAGGGACACUGAUUGAGUUGGUACAGAUGCAUUCAGUUGUCGUUCAUUCAUGUUAAGCCAAGAUCCUGGAUCUUCUAUCAUUAAUGUUAAGGGGAAACAUGAAUUACAACUAUAUUGUAUGACUGCCGUAUUUUCUUGAAACUAAGGUCAGUGUUAAACCAUAUCUUGAUUUCAGAAUUUAAAAUGUGUUACCUUAGAAAUAAUGAAAUAUAGUGUAACAGUUGGUUUCUAAAUGUGGUUUUAUUUCAGGGGCCAUUGUUUAACCUGUGUGUAUGCUAUGAUGGAGUUCUUUUGUAAUUUCUUUACUUCUAAAUUUAAAUAGUAAUUAUGUUUAAAAACAAAUGUUUUUGUUUUUAGUUGCAAAGCAGCAUAUAUCUCAUUUCCUUCGACCUUGCCUCCUCAUACACAAAUAUAUUUUCAUUUCUCUUCUUAAAAGAUCACUGUGGGCCAGUAGUUUAAAAUAAUCCUCCAAUUUUAAUUUAGGAACAAAGCUUUAUCCUAGUGACUAGGAAGUAAACAAACAGCUGAUGUAUAAAAUAUUCUAUUUGUGGGUAUUGGUGUCUUUUUUCCCUGUGGAAUAUACACAUAGUUCCCUUAAAUUUUAUUAAUAGACAUUCUGUAUUCUUUUGGUGUAAGUUUAAAAGCAAGACAUCAAAUGAAAAUAUGUAUUACGUACUUAUGAUGUGUUAUAUCUAUUGUGAUUACAUCAUGCGAGAGAACAGUUCUUAUAAUUCAAGUAAUUCAAAUUUCAAGUUAUACAAAUGUUACCAUUUUCACAUUGGAAGCCCAUCUAAGUACCAUUUUCAUUGGGGGCAGGGAGAAGGUUUAUAUUUAAAUUUUAUAUUACCAAACAUAGAAGUACAGUGCUGUACUGAUGGUUUUGUUUAAAGUUUUUGAAAUGUUUACUAGUUCUUGUAAUCAUUAUUUUAGACAAGCGUGAAAACUUGAAAUUGUUGAAACUUAUAAUUUAAAUUAAAUUGGAAAUUACUUUCAGAAUUUGGUAGUAUACAAGAUGUGCCCCUUUGUCUAAAUAAAUGUUGGCUUAAUUUGCAGAUUAGAUAAAACAAUUGAUGUUUUUGUGUAUUCAAGAGUGUAUUAAAUUCUUUUAAUAGUAAAAAGUCAAAUUACAACCAUAAUGAGUAUUUUAUUAAUCUUGUUCUUGUUCGGUAUUUUGCAUAGAUUUUUAUUGUAAUUGUCCUGAGUUCUACAGUAUGUGGACAAUAUCGUGUGAAGUGUGUUUUUGCAUUUGUGCAUUUAAAUUAUUUAUGUAACUAGGGCUCUGAGUAACACUUUUUUUUUUGGUUGAAGAAAAGCUAUAUUUAAAUAUUCAAAUAAUUAUAUAUUUCCAUGUAAAACUAAUGUGAAGACUAAUGUAUUUUUUAUAUUGCAAUGUAAAAGCUAAACUUGUUUUUGAUGUUAUCAAGAUAAAAUUUAUUAAACCUUGAAA